UUAAAAGUCUACUUAUUAAACACUUACUAAGAUCGACCAGUGGUGUGAAACAACAUUUAUUCAUCAUGGAGAAUUCACCGAAUGAUGAAUAUACUUUAAAGCACUUAUAUUAUCCACUCAAUAUAUCAGAUGAUCAAGAUAUGAGUGACAAUAAAAAGACCGCAAUGAGAAGGAGCAACAGUAUAGAUGCUUUUUUUGAAAAGCAAAAGAAAAAGAAGAGACAGUCAAAGUCUUCAUGUGUAGCGCAAGCAAGUGACGGGGGCCUAUCAUAUAUCUCAUCCAACGACGAUGACAGUAUCAGUGCAACACAUCUAAUCAAAAUAGACAUCUAUGACAUGAAGAGUCUUAAAGAUGUUUCGCCUCUUGAAUACUGGAAAUAUGCAGAUUUGCGAUUAAAGUACUACGUUGAAUCUGCUGGUGAUAAGCUCUAUCAAAGCAUGCGAGAUAUUAUAUACAACAUUACAAAGCAAAUCGCUGGGAAGCAUGACUCGGCAAGCCCCGGGGGCCGGGUCGGUGGGGUUGGCGUGCCGACACCGCUGCUCGGGCCACGUCAGGCAGCUCCGCCCCGCGCCGAAGCGCCCCGCGUACCGCGUCGAGCGCCCCGCGCUCCGCACCCCCUCGCGUCCCGCGUCGAGCCCCCCGUGCUCCGCACCCCCCCGCGUUCCCGCGUCGAGCGCCUUGCGCUCCGCACCGCCGUGUUUAGCGUUGAGCCUCGGCUCCGCUACCCGCGACCCUAG